AUGGUCACUGUCUCAGAUUUAAAGAGACUUGAGGCAAUAAAUAUCAAGAAUGAUAAAGAGCUGAGACUGGCAAAGAACCAAAAGCCCGGUCUAUUUUCGAUGGAGUGGCUAGUAAAAGAAGAAUUAUACAAAGACGGUGGGGUAAAUGGCAAUAACUUGGCCGAAAUUGACCUUAGGAACAAGAGAUUAGAGUUGUUGUUUCACUCGGUUGACAUUGAACUGGAAGAUACAUUUCCUCAAGUGAAUUCUGAAGAUGAGGACGCAAAGAAUGAGACUUCUAUUAGCUAUCCCACAACGGUUUUGAAACAUCAUGAAUUGACGAAUGAGUUGGAAAUCGAUUUAAUGGAGAGUUCUUUGUUCAGCAAUAGGCGUAUAGAUUUGUCAAAGAAUCAAGUAAACGAUGCUAAUUUGCUAGAACACAAUAGGCAUGACUUGCAUAGAAGUCUCACAAAGACUAACUCUUGGAUAAAUGACAGUCUUCGGUCUAGUGAUUCCGCUAAUUCAAUACUCCUUCGACACAAGAGCCUUGAAGAAAAAAGGGUGAAAGCAAGCCUGAGGCAUAAUCCAGCACUGCUUGGUAUCGAAGUGGCCGCCGUUAACAACUUAAAUCCUAAACCCUUGAAACGUUUCAGAUCUGUUUCACAGUGUGACUUAGUGUUUCCUAAUUUAAACUUUAAAAACCCAAAAAGGUAG